AUGGUUCUUGGUUAUUUUGAAGAAGAAAAAGUGUAUGACUUUAUUGUCGUCGGAGGUUCGUACAAUGCAAUACCUAGUGGAAAGGCAUACGCUGAGAAACACACAGGUGGAACGGCAGGAAACUGUGUCGCAGGUCGUCUGGCAGAAAACCCUAAUCUCUCUAUCCUCGUCGUUGAGGCUGGCACCGACAAUCCUCUCAAGGAAGAGAAGAUCUCGACUCCAGCUCUUGCAUUCCAACUUGUCGAAAGCGAAUACGACUGGCAGUACCCCAUCACUUUCUGGGACAGAGGUGGAGAAAAGAGACAUGAAGCCAAGAAUACAAGAGGCAAAGUCUUGGGUGGGAGCAGUUGUUUGAAUUACUAUACCUGGUUACGUGGUAGUCGCCCAACUUAUGAUGAGUGGGUCAAGUAUGGAGGUAACGAGUGGAGCUGGGAUAAGUGCUUUCCCUACUUCCAAAAGCCUGGCACUAUGCACGACAAGAAUCAAAUCUUGGAUCAUGACCCUGCUCAUGUCGCUGCGGAUGGACCCCUUACGAUAAACCCUGCCGUUCCCAUUCCGCUUGCCGAGAAACUGCAAGAAGCGUGGAAGUCUCAAGGCCAUCGGCUCAACGACGACAUAUACAACGGUACUGUCGAUGGUCUCGCCCACGUGUGCCACACUAUCGACUCCGGGCAUCGCGUGCCCUCGACGGUCUUCCUCGACGGCCACAAGAACAUCACCGUCAAGCCUCGCACAAUGGUGCACCGUCUAUUGUUCAGCGGCGAAACCUGCGUGGGCGUUCAAACCCACGCAACGAACAAAAAGCAAUCCUACUAUGCACGCCACGAAGUCAUCGUCUGCGGCGGUGUCUUUGAGAGUCCUAAACUGCUUAUGCUGAGCGGUAUUGGUCCAUCUGGUGCCGACUCCAUGACAGACUUGACCGCGAUUUCUUCUGGCAUCGGUCACAGUAUUAACUCUCCGCAUGUUGGGCAAAACAUCCAGGAUCACCCCGUCGCACCUCACGCCUUCAAGCUUAAGGAUGGCCAUAGUCUUGAUGAGGUGCUCCGACCAGGUGUCAAGAACCUCGAAGCAAAAGCUGAGUACAAAGUCGCCAAAAAAGGUCCUUUGGCAUCGAGUCUGUUAGAAAUGAGCGGGUUCGCCAGAGUCGACGACAAAUUCAAGAAAUGCAAAGAGUGGAGAGAAGAAGAGGAACAGAGAGGUCAUGAUCCCCUAGGUCCUCAAGGACAACCGCAUUUCGAGUUUGACUUUUUGCCGUGCUUUGCUUCGCCUUUUUUCCCUCAUGUUCCUGAACCAAUUGAGGGAAGUUACAUGACUAUUGUCGUGUCUCUGCUUCGCCCUCUUUCUCGCGGCUGGUUAACGCUCAGAUCAGCAGAUGCUCUCGACUUCCCAAUGAUCAACAUGAAUUACCUCGAUCAUCCUCUAGAUGCAGUUGCUCUACGCGAAGGCGUCCGUUUCGUGGACGAAAUUGUGCUUAGGGGUGAUGGCUUGAAGGACAUCAUAACUGGUGAGUAUCCCGAAGGCCACGUACGCGAAAGCGACGAGGGCAUGGCUGAGUGGUUGAAGGGACGCGUGACCAGUGGAUAUCAUCCCUGCGGUUCCUGCAGAAUGGGUUCAACCAUCGACGAAGGUGUUGUCAAUGGUCGCUUGCAAGUCCACGGUGUACGCAACUUGAGGGUAAUCGACGCCAGUGUCUUCCCGAUCAUACCUGAUGCACGCAUCCAAAAUCCCGUCUAUAUGGUUGCUGAGAAGGGAGCAGAUAUGAUCAAAGCGGAUCAUCCAGCUUUGUAUCAACAAAAGGAAAGCUUGGUGGAGAGGGUCAAGGGGCUUGUUGUUUGA